GAGGCAACGGCCUUUAGCCCGCGGGGUAAAGUUCGCUCCUCGUCGCUGUCCGCGUUCAGUUUCGUUUCCUAGCAGAGCCCUCCCUGUCAGCCCUGCCCGGAGCUGGAGGCAUGGCCCAGGCAAAGGCCAUGGCCGGGCUGAAGGAAGAGCUGACGUGUCCCAUCUGCCUGGACAUCUACAAGGACCCCACGAGCGCGGGCUGCAGCCACAGCUUCUGCAAGGACUGCAUCAAGCAGGCGAUCCGGGGCCAGCAGAGCCCUGCCCGGUGCCCGCUCUGCCACUCGCCCGUCGGGGAGCUGCGCGCCAACUUCCACCUCCGCAACAUUGUGCAGAGGUUCAUGGAUGCUCCCGCCCACCAAGAGGAGGAAGGGCAAGGCGAGGAGAAGGCGGAAAGCUCGGGCCAGGCAGGGGAGGUGGUGCUGUGUGAUUCCUGCCUCCAGGAGCCGCAGCCCGCAGUGAAGACGUGCCUGAGCUGCGAAGCCUCGCUGUGCCAGGCGCACCUGAGCAGGCACAACAGUCGGAACAGGCAGAAGAGCCACGUGCUGGUGGAGCCCUGCGAUGGGCAGCUUUUGGCUGAGAGGAGAUGCCCCCAGCACAGCAAACUGCUGGAGUGCUUCUGUGAGAGUGACUCGGAGUGCAUCUGCGUCGUGUGCUCCGUCACCUCCCACAAGAACCACACGAUCAUCGGCUUGGAGGAGGCUUUCAGCAGAGCCCAGGAAUCUUUUCCUGGAAUACUGGAAUCAGUGAAAAACCAUGAAGCUGCCGUGGAUAAAGCCGUUGCAAACCUGCUGAAACAAAUGGAGGAACUAAAGAUUAAUGAGAGCCAGCGGAGGGAACAGCUGGAGAGCCUGUUCAAGAAGAUGUAUAAGGAGCUAGAGAAGAAAAAAAGGGAGGUCCUGAAAGUUCUCAGUGACUAUGAGGAGGAACAACUUUCUAAGAUUCAGACAGAGGUGAAUAAUCACAAGUGGUUGAAGGAUUUGGCCAGCCAGGAUGUUCAGGAGCUGGAGGCUCUGAGGAAUCAGAAGGACACACUUCUUUUCACCAAGGCUUUUUCAGCGAUCAAAGGCAGGAAAUGCCAGCCACUUCCUAAAAGGGAAGUUGUGCCAAACCCACCCAUUACUUUGAAUGAAUCAAAAAAAGAUCAUAUUCUGAGACUUUUCCAGCAAUUCAUCUCAAACAUGGAGGUCUCCUUGAAGCAGACAAUAUCUUGGGGAUAUGCAGGAACAUCUGCUGGUCCUUCGUCAUUUAGUGGUGGUACAACAAACUGUGGAUUCACGUUUGGACCUGGCUUUAAUUUUUCUUACAAGUAGGCUAACGAAAUACAAAUUCAGCGGCAAUCAUAAUGAUAACAGUCAUAGAAAGGAGGGAAGAGAGAGAGGAAACCCAACCAAAACUAUCAAUGUGCAGCACGAUUGCUCCCCCAUCACCUGCUCUCUGAUGUCCAGCCACUGUUCCCGAGCAGCAAUUGGCUCCUUUUGGACAUCUCCCCCCAGUUCCUACACUGGGCACUGUGUUCUGUGGUGUGGAAUGUGCCUUUGGCCAGUUUGGGUCACCAGCCCCAGCCAUGCUCCUUCCCCGCUUUUUGUGCACCUCCUCGCUGGCAGAGCACGAGGCACAGAAAGCUCCUUGGCUCAGGUCUAGCACUGCUCAGCCAAACCAUCUUUGUGUUACCAACAUUAUUCCCUACUGAACCCAAAACUGUACCAGCUGCUGAGAAGAGAAUGAAUUCUCAGGAAUGGAGUUCUCAUGAUUGGAAUGAAUCCCAGCCCAAACCAGGACAGGAUACACACAGUGCCAUCCCAGAGCUGCUGGGAGGAGGAUACCAGCAAUGAGAGCUGCUGGAAGCUUGGAAUUUUUUGUGCCUGGUUUGAAUGCUGCCUCUGUGUGUCGAAGAUAUUAAUGGUAGAAGAAACACUGUCUUUUCAUGAUGUGUCUGUCAAGGCUGGACAUCCUGCUAAGAACUUCAGGCUUAUAAAGACUGGAACCAUCCCUUUCAAGUAUCCCAUCCAUGCUGCCAUCAGUGUGAUGGAGCUCCUGUUAGUAAUGUGGUUACAAGGUGUUGUUUUGUUUUUUCAGGCCUAGAAAUUGUGAGCCUUGCAUGGAGGCUGUGCUAAGCUGGCACAUCAGAAACUGGAUUGUGGGCUGCUGUGAGGGGGUGUAUCACAGCACCCCGCCUCUUCCUGCAAGAGCUCCUGUCUUAUUUGUUCUGUUAAUCAUAAUGGAGAUACCAUUAAGUUGGACAUUUUUGCUCAGCU